UAGCAAUAUGGUGCACAGAGACUGCGCUAUGCCUCGGGAUGCUGUAUGAUCAAUACAUUACGCUCUGGACCAAAGAAUGGAAUCAUCAAACUACGUGUCAUCUAGAAACAUCAUGAAAACUAAAACACAUACCUGCGUGCCAGGUACCGCCGAUUUACCUGUUGGAGAAUCAAUCGAGGAGAUCGCCGAAUCUGUAGAUGAGUUACGGGAGAAACUCGCCAAUAUGAAGAAGCUUAUGAAAGACCGAAGAGGUACAACGCUGGGGGAGAUUAGUGCCCGAAAAAGAAAAGAAACUUCUAACAUGAUAGACGGCCAUCUCCUGUCCUGGAUUUUCGGAUUGGCUCUUAUGGGGAUCGUAAUCGUUAGCUUUUACGCUUUCUAUAAUCUUUAUUACGCAGUGCUGAAGAGAUUCCCAUCUCAUCAUACGGAAUUAUAAAAAGAGUGUGCGAGAACAAAAAAAACAAAGCUCAAAAUUUAUGUAAAGUUUAAAUUAUAUUAUAAAAUUGGCCUUUCUUAAUUUUUUUGUCAGUUAAUAUCUCAACAAAAAUAAUUCCAACGAAUUAAACAUUCUGUUUCCUACAAACUCUUUGACGGACGUGUGUUCGAUCUUUCUCAAUAAAAAUGUCAUAAAGAAACUUGUAAUUUUCAGAUAAUUAGCGAUUAAAAAUAAAAAUUUCUGACAAAUUAAAUUUGCGAAAAGGAGAAAUAGACAAUGUCAUAUUUUUAUUCAUAUUUUGCUUAAUUUCGUAUUUAUUUAAUAAAAUUAUAAUCUCUGAAAUAUCACGAUUGCGAAGGCAUUGUAAAAUUGUUAAAAACUAGAGAUAUACGAAAAUCUUUAAAUGUUAAAAAAAAAUUAGGGCUGAUUACAAAAGAUAUUAUUCAUAUUCGAUAUAAUAAAAGAUUAUACAUUAA